AUGUCUGGAAAUAUACCGGAUAGGGGUCCUGGAGAUGGUGAAAGUGAUGUUGAUGGAGCAACAAAUACAACUAAGAAGCCACCAAAAGUUGGUGACAAGAGGAAGUCGGAGUAUUGGGGCCAUUUCUGGGAUGUUCUAGAUCCUACAACUGGUAAACUUGUGAGUGCUAAAUGCAAAUAUUGUCAUAAAUUAAUAACUGCGAAUACAAAUAAUGGCACAUCAUCUUUAAAAAAACAUCUGAAUUCAUGUAUGAAAUACCCGGCAAAUACUGAUAAAAAACAGAAGCUUAUCUCUGUUUUUAGACCUUCUCAAACAGAUAGUGCAACAAUCUCCAGUUGGGAAUUUGACCAAGAUUCGUGUAGGUAUGCUCUUGCAAGAAUGGUUAUUGUUGAUGAGCAACCAUUCUCUAUAGUUGAACGUGAUGGGUUUAGAUAUUUUUGUAAUGCUGUUGUUCCACAAUUUCAUUAUUCCUUCACGUUUUACAGUUGCAAGAGACGUAAAAAAGUUGUAUAUUUGUGA